GGACCAACACUUGGAUCGUGUACCUUGUUUCUAACAAGAAAGCGAGCUAGAAACAAAGUGCCUUCUUUGAGCAGGCCUAACUCUUUUUCAUUACAUCCCCACUUCCAAAUUCGCCAUCUUGCCGUGGUCAAGGCUCAUUUCUCCCUCCUCUCAGUUUCACUCCUACCACUCUGAGAAACUAUUUAAGUGGUAUAGAUUUGCAGUUUGAAAGAAGUCACAAUGGGGCUUCUAGAUCUAUUUUUUGUUGCAUCUAACCCAGUGCUGAAAGUGCUACUGUUGACUGCACUUGGCUCUUUUCUUGCAUUGGAUCGUAUAGACAUCUUGGGGGAGGACACAAGGAAGCAGUUGAAUACUGUGGUAUUUUUUGUGUUCAAUCCGGCACUUGUGAGUAGCAACCUGGCUAAAACAGUUACUUUUAAAAGCGUUGUUUUAUUGUGGUUCAUGCCAUUAAAUGUUCUCGCUACAUUCUUAAUUGGCUCUGCACUAGGAUGGAUACUCUUGAAAAUCACAAGACCUCCCCAACAUCUGAAGGGCCUCAUCUUGGGUUGCUGUGCAGCAGGAAAUAUGGGAAAUUUGCCUAUAAUUAUCAUCCCAGCAGUAUGUAGAGAGAAAGGCAGUCCAUUUGGAGAUCCUGAUGUCUGCCAUAUAUAUGGAAUGGCCUAUGCUUCACUUUCUAUGGCGAUUGGAGCCAUUUAUUUGUGGUCUUACGUUUACAACAUUGUGCGGAUUUUCUCAAGUAGGGUCAACGAAAAAGUCAACAUAGACGAAUUCGCAAGCAAUAUGAAGUCUAGUGGGAGAGCAUCGGAAUUACCCCAGGAGAGUUGCUCAGAAGCACUUCUUCCUUCAGAAAACUAUUCUGUAUCUAUGGACUGUGCAAAUAAAUCAAUGCCUCCUCCUGAGGAAAAAGUGAAAGUUCCAAUCUCAUAUGCGAUUAAGUACUACUUAAGGGUGCUUUCAAGAAAGAUCAAUCUAGGGGCCAUAUUUGCACCUUCAACUACUGGAGCGAUUGUCGGGUUCAUCAUUGGUGUGGUUCCCCAGAUCCGAAAGUUCAUAAUUGGUACCGAUGCUCCUUUACGUGUGGUUCUGGACUCUGCUUCUUUUUUGGGUGAAGCAGCCAUCCCAACUCUCACCCUGAUAUUAGGAGGAAACCUUCUUAAAGGCUUAAAAAGGUUAGGUAUUCUACAGCCACUCAUCAUUGGCAUCAUAGCAGUGCGAUAUGUUGUCCUGCCUCUCUUGGGCAUUGUCAUUGUUAAAAGUGCCAUACGCCUUGGUUUCAUUCACUCAGAUCCACUGUAUCAGUUUGUUCUUCUACUUCAGUAUGCACUUCCACCAGCAAUGAACAUAGGCACAAUCACCCAAUUGUUUGGAGCUGGCAAGAGUGAAUGUUCUGUCAUCAUGCUAUGGACAUAUGCUUUGGCUUCAGUUUCACUAACGCUUUGGUCGGCCUUCUUCAUGUGGCUAGUUGCUUGAUCCGUAUCUCUUCAUGUACAAUGUUGUACAUGGCUCAAGGAGUCAGGCUAGGAAUUUUAGUCACAGUUCUAUCUUCCUAACUUAUGUUGUACAAUCCAUAAUCAUUCUUUUCAAGCUCUUUAAGCAUCAAUUU